GGGCUCAGGAUGUCCCAUUUCAGCGGCCCGCAUUUAGGUGCAACACCCUAUCCCAUCCCACACGGAACUCAGCCCUCCGAAUGCCCGAUUCAGGUCGGACUUAUUUUCAGGCGCGCCGCGCUGUGUUAACGCUGGGGUCUUGGGUGAAGAUGGCGGCUUUGCUGUGCGCUCGGAAAGCUGUCCUGUCCUGCCGGAGGGGGGGUGUUCGGCUGUUGUCACAGCUGGCCGAGCUGCCGGAGACUCAUGCCAUGCUGCGUCAGACGUGCCGGGACUUCGCUGAUCGCGAGCUGGCACCCCUGGCCGCCCAGCUGGACCGCGAGCACCGCUUCCCGGCCGGGCAGGUGAAGAAGCUGGGGGCUCUGGGGCUCAUGGCAGUGGAGGCCCCCGAACACCUAGGAGGUGCAGGGCUGGAUUACCUGGCCUACGCCCUCGCGGUGGAGGAGAUCAGCCGGGGCUGCGCGUCCACGGGGGUCAUCGUCAGCGUCAACAAUUCGCUGUACCUGGGUCCGAUUCUGAAGUUCGGCUCAGAAGAGCAGAAGCAGCAGUGGGUCACUCCCUUCACCAGUGGGGAGCGAGUGGGCUGCUUUGCUCUGAGCGAGCCAGGUAACGGUAGUGAUGCAGGUGCCGCGACAACGGUGGCCAGGAAGGAGGGGGGUCAGUGGGUGCUGAGCGGCACCAAGGCCUGGAUCACGAACUGCUGGGAUGCUUCGGCUGCUGUGGUGUUUGCCACGACAGACAAGAGCCUCAAACACAAGGGUAUUAGUGCAUUCCUCGUGCCGAUGCCCCAUCCUGGCGUGUCCCUGGGGAAGAAGGAGGACAAGCUGGGAAUCCGAGCCUCUUCCACAGCCAACCUCAUCCUGGAGGAGUGCCGCCUCCCGUUGGAAAACCUGCUGGGACAGCCGGGCAUGGGCUUCAAAAUCGCCAUGCAAACUCUGGACAGCGGCCGCAUUGGCAUCGCGGCUCAGGCUCUGGGCAUUGGCCAGGCCGCUCUGGACUGCGCUGCAGACUAUGCCCACAAGAGAACAGCGUUCGGGGCACCCAUCGCGAAACUGCAGGCCAUACAGUUCAAGCUGGCAGACAUGGCUGUAGCUUUGGAGAGUGCUCGCUUGCUGACCUGGAGAGCCGCCAUGCUGAGAGACUCAGGGAAGCCAUUCACUAAGGAAGCAGCGAUGGCAAAGCUGGCUGCAUCCGAGGCUGCGACCUUCAUCUCGCACCAGGCGAUCCAGGUUUUAGGCGGGAUGGGAUACGUAACGGACAUGCCCGCGGAGAGACACUACCGGGAUGCCCGGAUCACGGAGAUCUAUGAGGGAACCAGUGAGAUCCAGAGGCUUGUCAUUGCAAACCAAGUGCUCAAGGAGUACCAGGCCUGAACAGAGCAGCCUGGGAGGGAGAAGGCACAGGGGGAUCGAGUUCAAGUGCCUCAGCUUAACGCCACAGCACCGUGCCAGCACGAUUAUUUUUGGUCAAUCAAGCCAAUCUGCACUAAAAUAAGACCGUAAAAAAUGAUGUAAUUUCUGUGAUUCAAACACAAAGUGCCACUGAGAUUUUACAUUUCAUUAGUGGUUUUUACAUUUGGUCACUGGCUGUACUUCCCAGCUGCUGCCACUAGGUGGUGAUCAAGGCUUUCACAGGCUCCUGGACUGUUCCAGCAUCCCCUGGUCACCUGCCCGCUCUGGCAAUUAAAGGGCUGUAGGGGGAGGAUGUGUGUGGCUCCCUGAGGUGACAGACUGUCUUGCAGGAUCUGGACACAGUUCGUAGGAGAGAAACACCAUUUCAACAGGAGGCGCAGCAAUGAGAGAACAGGGGGAGGUAUAAAUGAGCGAAAUGAGUAUACAGGAGAAACUAAUUCAAAAAUCAAGAUGUAGUAAUGGAGGAGCUUAAGUGAGUGAGCAGUGUGGAAACAGCUCAGCUGCCACUCUGGCAGGAACACAACAGUCUGUUCAGCCGUGAGCUCCUACCGAGGGACACGCGCGACAGCUGGAAACUGGGCUGGGCCUCUCUCCAGAACCCCACACACGGGCCGCACACUAGUCAAUCUGUUGGUCCAGCUCCAUGAUUGCUGAGGCUACCCAGUGCGCCAGUGCCCAGCAGGACUGGUCUCUGGGUUAAAUGGGCCCAUAGCCCCCCUCCCCGGCCAUAGUGCUACACUGUCAGUGUGUUUAAGGGUUUGUACCUUAUAAAAGAGAAAUGAAAUCAUUAAAAGAUUUUGUAUUUUUUCAGCUUUA